CUCUGUGUCAGAGGCACACACACACACACACACACACCAUAAAACAUUCAUUACAGUAAGGCUUUAAGUCAUGGCACAGCGCCUGUGUUAAAGAGAAGAAUCCAGGCAGCAUGUUUGGCUCUCAGGAAAGGACAGAGAGACCCUCUAGCUCGAGCAACUUCUCCACCUCUGCCACUGCCAGUUCCCUGAAUGAUGACAGCAAUAGCUUGAGACAGCAGAAGCUGGAAAAACAGAGAGCGCUGUUCGAGCAGAAGCAGCGACGGAAGCGCCAGGAGCCUUUGAUGGUGCAGCCAAACCCAGAAGCUCGGCCACGCCGCUCUCGGCCACGCCGCAGUGAGGAACAGGCUCUACUGGUCGAUUCCCGCCUCAGCAUUACCAAUGAUAUCUUUGAUGCAGGUAUUGAUGGUCCUGCUGCUUUUUUGGGUUCAGAGUCUUCUGAUCUGGCUACAAAGAUCCAAGUGCAAUCAGUCAGCCCACCACAGGAGCCCUCUCCCCCUCCAACUGAAGAGCCUGAGAGAGAUGGGGACACUGAAACAUUGCUGGAACCCAAAACGGACAUACACACACUGCUGCAAAGACGGGGACUCUCAGACAGCAUGAACUAUGAUGAAGUCAGUGACGAUGAUAACGAUGAUGAAGACAGAGCUGGUUCUCUUUCCCCCAAUACAGACUCCACACGUCCUGCCUCUGCAUCUAGCACCAAAUCCAGCACAGAGUGUGUAACCGUGGCCUCAUCCACGGCAGAAGGUCCUUCGAUUGAGGUGGACAAUCUGGAGAAAUUUGUGCUGCGACCGGCCCCACGUGGCGUUACAGUGAAGUGCCGUAUCACACGUGAUAAGAAGGGAAUGGACCGUGGCCUAUACCCUACCUAUUUCAUGCACCUGGAGAGGGAGGAUGGCAAGAAGUUGUUCCUGUUGGCUGGUAGAAAGAGGAAAAAGAGUAAAACUUCCAACUACCUGAUAUCAAUAGAUGCCACAGAUCUGUCUCGUGAGGGUGAGAGCUUUGUGGGAAAAUUGAGAUCGAAUCUAAUGGGGACGAAGUUCACUGUAUAUGAUAACGGCACAAACCCCAGCAAGAACUCUGGAGCUCUGCUGGAAGAGAGCAACACACGGCAGGAACUAGCCGCUAUCUGCUAUGAAACCAAUGUACUUGGAUUUAAAGGCCCACGCAAGAUGACCGUCAUCAUCCCUGGCAUGAACAUGAACUUUGAGCGUGUUCCUGUUCGUCCCACGAAUGAUCAGGAGUGUUUAUUGAGUAAAUGGCAAAAUCACCAACUGGAGAACCUAAUCGAGUUGCACAAUAAAGCUCCAGUGUGGAAUGAUGAUACACAGUCCUAUGUGCUCAACUUUCAUGGAAGAGUCACGCAGGCUUCUGUCAAAAACUUUCAGAUUGUCCAUGAUAAUGAUCCCGACUAUAUUGUGAUGCAGUUUGGUCGUGUUGCUGAGGAUGUUUUUACAUUAGACUUUAACUACCCCAUGUGUGCACUGCAAGCCUUUGCCAUUGGCCUGUCCAGCUUUGACAGUAAACUGGCCUGCGAGUGAUUUACGCUAUCGCUCACAUCUUUGGCCGUAACACAUGCAGCCACACGAUCCCUUGAUUCAGUCAUGUGUGCUGUUUUCUCUGUUUUUGCUGUUGGUCUUUCCUCUGUAAAACUUCACACUUUUCCAAAUCUAGUCAUAAUUUCUUUCAUUUUAAGCAAAUGUCUCUCUUACUCUCCUAAACACAAACAUUAUCAAGCAGAGAAAUAAAAGGGAUUAUUUAUUAUAAUUGAAUAUUUAUUAUAUUAAAUAUUUAUGUAUUAAAGAGUUUCGGUGUGUAGCAGUAACAUUCAGCUCUAUGAGCACGAAUUAUUGCUAAUCUUUACAGACAUGGACAAAUUUAUGGCACAACCUGACAGAGACAUCUAUCAUUGGCUAUUCCAUAUUUAAUACAAGUCAGAGUUUUGAUUUAUUAUUCAGCUGAGUUUUUACUCUUACUUUAAGGAGUACCUUCUCCAGACUGCAUGUUACGGCUCUUUUCAUAGGAUUCAGCUAAUGGCUCAUAGUAGGCAGGUUCUGCUGAAAUAGAUUAGUUUUAGCACUUUUAGCUUCAUAUUUUGGGUCAUUGUUCUAUGGAAGACCCAUGAAGUUUGACUGAGAAAGUAAGAGAGAGUGCUUUCUGACUCUGGGCAGUAAGAUAAUUACAUUGAAAGAGAUUUAUUUGAGGUCCAAGACAUAUUGUGCCUGAAAGCAAAGCAGCAUAAAAAACAACCAAGCCUCCUUCAAUUUUUUCCAGUAGGUAUAUUGUGCUUUUCUUUAAAUGAACUUGGAGAAACGUUGUGACUGGUUAAAAUGCAUUUCAGCGAUAAAUAAAAAAUAUUUUUUAUAAUAUUUUUUACUGUAGUCACAAGAUCAUUAAGCUGCUUGCUAACGCUUUUAUACGUUUAACACACUUGUCUAUAAUUUUCCACCUGAUCUUAGACCUGAUCCUGAGCUUAGACAGCUCUCUCUUUUGCUUUCUCUGGUCUGUGUGUGGUGCACAUAAUAAGCUUACAUGUAACAGCACAAUGACUACUUUUCUGUAUUUUAAUAGGCUUAAUUACUGGUUACAAGAGUGAAGAUGUGUCAUAAUAGUAAUAGAAACUGUUCAUUUGAACCAUCAUCACCAUAGUCCAAUUAUUUACAGUAUAAUCUUUUUGAAACCAACAAAUUUGUCCUUGUCUGUACAAAGUUGCUUUUUAAAAAUAUUUUAAUUGAGUUCACUAGCGUAGGCUCAAUAGCCAUAAAAUCAAUUGGGAAGAAGAAUUUAAUUAAAAUUAGGAAACAACCAUGUCACAUUGUUUAAAGAUUGUUUAAUUAUUAUUAUAAUUUUUUUACACACACACGGAAAACAGAAUUAUUGUUGUUUGGUAGGGGAUCAAAUACUUAUUUCCCUCAUUGAAAUGCAACUUAAUUUAUAACAUUUGUAUCAUGUGCUUUUUCUGGAUUUUUGGUUGUUAUUCUGUCUCAUUCCUUUACCAUAAACCUAUGAUAAGAAUUGUAGACCCUUCAUUUCUUUGUAAAUAGGCAAACUUAGAAAAUCUGUAGGGGAUCAAAUACUUAUUUUCCCCUACUGUAUUUCAGCUGCUCUGAUUGUAUAUAUUUUCGUUUAAACGUGCGUCAUGUCAGCUGUUUUAUAUCAGCGUUUCUUCUCUAUAAAAGAUGCCGUUCAGUUUACAAUUGACCUAUGGCAAAGGGACAGUUAUCACCGUGUUAGUGUGAACAGUGCUUAGGUGUUGGUCACCCUUGAUUGGUCUUGCAUAGCUCUUAAAUUACAUCUGUUUUUAAACAUAAUCAGAUUUUAAAAUGUGAUUUUGUGUUGGUGGUAGGUGUAUUUUUAAAGUGGUUUUGCAUAUUUCUUACUGUUUGUGUUAAAACGUGUGGCAGUAUUCAAGUCUUUCUCUUUAGCAACCUGUCAUGACUCAAAGCUUCUUUAACCUUUAUUUUAAGCACAUGUUGCAGUUAACAGAGCUGAUAGAGGAGCAUCAGAUCCAUUAAGUGUACACCAAUCAGGCACACUGGACUACUGUGGCCAAUUCCUUGACCUUACAUUUCAGAUAGCCCGUUUAUUUUUCUUACACUUUUGUCACAUUAAUUUUUUUAGAUUCAUAUUAUAAUGGCUUAGCAUUAUACUGUAGGGUAAAUUUUGAAAAGAAAAAAAUAGAAAUAUGACCAUUUUAAAUCAGGGCUUCUUAAUUUCAAUGGCUGGAAUCCAAAUCAUAAUUUAAAUAUAAAGAUACAGAGACUAUUGUUGUAUUUGUGAGUGUUAACUGUUUUAUGAUUCGAAGUUAAUACAUUCAAAGUAAUUAUUAGUGUUCCUGUUCAUGUACACACUCAGGAGUAAGAGUCUAUAUGAACAUUUUUCACAGCUAGAUUCUUUAAAUGUCAAAGUUCUUGUGUAAAUGCUCAGAUGAACAAUGUUUGAAUAAAUCUAUUCAUAACUGGUUUGAUACAUUAGGCCCUACAUUGCUGCUCCAUGUCUGUAAUUAAGAACCCUUGCUUUAAGCCACCAAGUCUGCUGUCCUGCAAAGCCACACUACAUGUUUAAUACUUUUUCUUUUAAUGCUCUUGUGUGCCUUGUUAUUAUAUAUUGAUAAAAUGCUGUGAAAUUAUGCCCUGCUUAAAAUGGAAACAAAAAUGAAAAAACUAUUUUGGUAAUAGUGAUCUGUUUUAUAAAUUCCUAAUACAGUACUAGUCAAAAGUUUGGACACAAGGUUGGAUUUAUUUUUCUACAUUCUAGAAUAAUAGCACGUAUAGCAUCAGGUAAUUAGGUAACAAAAACUGUUAUUGCUGUUAAAACUGUUAAAGCUGGAAUAUUUUUUGCAAUAUUGUUGUCAAGUCCAUUUGCAAAACCCAUCAAGCAUGAUAAAAUUGCCUUUCAUGGAGACAAUACCAGGAAAGAAAGACCAAAACUUACUUUUGCUGCAGAGAAGUUCAUUUGGAGUUACAUGUCUGAAAUAUCACCCUUACCGCAUCUCGGAUUAGAGCUGUUAUGUGAAGGCUUAGGUAGUAGACAGAUCUCAAUAUCACCUAUUCAAUAAAGAUUAUUGAAUGUUUCUGAUGCCUUCAGCAUAAAUGUAGAAAGAAAUAAAAGUCGUGAAAGACCAUGGAAUUAGGUGUGUCCUACCUUUUGACUGGUAAUGUAUGUACUUGUGAAGCACAUUUAUUCCCGGUACAGUCAGUGAACUCCUAGGGUCUGUUCCAGACUGUAGAUUUUAAGAAUGAAUAAUUAUUCAUAAGAAUCCACUUUACUUUCUUUCUGUUCAUACGCAGUCAUGAGGAUCAUGACAAGGCCUGUCAAGGCCUAAAUAACAAUCAUGUGGUCCUCAUCACCUUUUGUUAGCAAACAAAUUAACAAAUUGCCAAAUGUUUUGAUUUUAUGGAGGUAUUCAUGCACAUUGAUGAUUAACUAAUCCUGUGCAUUUGAUUAUUAACCCUUGGCUGCUAGUUACCGUCUUGAUGAUGGUAAUGUGAGCUGGCAAAGCCAUAGGUGCACAAUUCAACUCAGGAUUUAAGAUUUUAAGAGUUUGGGAUUCUGUUCUGGAGCAGACCCUAGUGCGUUUGGCUUGUGUUGAUAUACUCUGUUCUGUGUGUUAUGUGCGAAGAAAUAGCCAACAGUUCACUGAAAAUAUCACAAAGCCUAUAUUUUCCAUUAAAACUUUUGGAAUGGAGUAAUAUUUACAGAAAUUCUAUUUUAUUUAGUGUUUUAGAGGGACUCAUUUUUGACCAUUUAAGGUCAUGUUAUUUUCAGAAUAUAUGUAUUAUAUGCUGACUUGUACAUAUGGCUGUAACUAAAAUGUGAAACAACUGCCUUUGGUUUUUUGGAAAAUACAUAAAGACUAAGA